AUGGACGGUUCCAACAAUCAUUUCUUAGGAGAUGAUUUCAAUGGGAUCGACCUGUCAAAGCUAACGAUCAAGUCUAGAUUCGACCAGACGAUAUCGAGGAGCAGCUCGGCCCCACCCGUCAUGCCAGAGGAUGAGUUCCAGCCACAGCCCAACGAGGUCAUCUCACCCCAAGACCCUCGCUUGAACAUCCAGUACUACAACUACUACUAUUCACAGCGACCCUUGGACCCAAGGCUGCCACCUCCCCUCAUCUCACCAUACCAAGCUGCCUAUUACAACAACAAGCUUGUUAAUAUAAAUGAUGGCCAACAGCAAUCAUAUAACUUCCAACAAGUACCUCAUCAGAUGGUACAACCGCUGCAUCAACAAGACCAACAACAACAACAGCAGCAACAGCAGCAGCAACAACAGUAUCCAGAGUUGAAUGUGCUGCAACACGAGAAGGAGACGGUGCUAAAGAAGCCGUUGCCCUCACAUGCCAUUGGCUCCGCGAGCAUUCUGCGACAGCAAUCGCCCGACAUCAUUCUGAACAACUCACCAUCGGCCGGUGGCGUCGUCGAUUCGGUGUCGCUCGAUGGCAGCUCUGGCGCCAAGCCCAAGUCGCUGGUCGACAUGAUCCAGCAGGACUUCCCGCGCACGCCGUCGCCCGUCUACCAAAAGUCGGCUGUCGACCCCAAAGUGCACCAACGUCGGCGCUCGCAGGCCACGCUGGAGGACAGUAACACGCCCACCGGUAUCGCCUCCAAGCCUCAGACGCCUCCCUACUUUGCACAAGUGAACGAUCAGCCAAUUGACAGCCAGUUCAAUCUCAAUGGACGUGAUUACGAUGAUGCCGAGGAUGACUCCAAUUACUCUGGAUAUCAAUACUCAUUGUCCACUGGAGUGUUGGUGCCACACAUGUAUCCACCACCUCAAAUGAUGAACAAUGCACCAAUGAACCCUAUGGUGGCAAUGAUGGGUUAUCCCCAGAAGGAUCGUCGUGGACAGGCCAACACAGGUGGCCCACAGAAUGGAAACAACAGCCCACAGAAGAGACCACAGCAGCAACAGCAACAGAUGUCAAUGGGCAAUACAGGUGUGGCGCCCCAGUACUAUCAGACUCAUCUCAAGAAUGAGCAUGUUCCACAUCAGCAGCAGCAGCACCAGCAGCAUCAGCAGCAGCAUCAUCAGCAUCAGCAGCAGCGAGCGCCCGUCCACUCGCAUCAGCAGCAGCACCAGCAAUCAAUCAAAUCAAUUCAAUCCAAUCAAUCCACAUUUAAAACAACAUCAGAU